AUUUCCUGUGCAAGCCCUCCUUCACUUUGCAAAAAGCCAUACAGUUGAGUAAAUAGCAGGACUCUGUGGUUAUUCCUUGGAUUCUCUCAUGGACCACCACCAACCAGGAGUUCAACGCUGUGCCAUCAGCAGACUGCUAAUGUGAGCAUGGUCUUCUCUGCAGAAGAGGAGGACUCUCACCCAUGGAUGUAAACAAUUUUGGGUCUGCUUUCAUGCUUAUUAACACUUGUUGGUAUUGGACUUGGUUUCUGCUGAGAGGUUAUUUACCCUCUGAAGGCUCUGUUGGGACUCCUUGUCAGAUCUGUUCUUGGGUGGAGCUUGCAACAGUUUGGGGUAAGUGCUGUGCUCUUCCUGUUCCGACAGCAGGGCUUGGUGCUGCCCUUCUCAAAAGGGCUUGGUGGGGUCUCAGAAAGAAAUAAAUAACUCAGUUCUUGAGUGGAGAAGUGGAAGCUGAGCUGGCAAGCAGAGAGUGCUCCCUGUGUUUCCCAGGGAUGCACCAAGUGGGUGUAGGGUCCUUUUUGUAGGACCAUUUUGCUCUUGCUUUUAAACCAGCCGGUCUGUCUGGACAAGGCUGACAGUAAAUAACUCUCCUGAGCGCUGUGGAGAGAUGGGAACUGCAGCUGAGAAAUGAUUUGGGGGAAAGGAAGACAGCAAAGCACAAGCAAACUGUUGUGGAAGCACAGAUAGCCCUCUGAAGGAUCAGCAAACGUACCAGCUAUGGAGUCUGGCUGUAGUCCCAGCAAGGGAGAUUUCUCCUCAGAGAAAACCUGUUAACCAUUUGGAGGGAGUGCAUGGGAAGGAGACAGAGUUAUUAACAAACACUCUGCUGCAGGUUUGGUCCCCCAGCAGGGAACGUCUUUGUUGACCUGCAAGACCAUCCCUCCUAGGAAUGGAUAACUUCACCAACGGGCAGCCGGGCCCAGGCCAGAGGAACAGGUUCAUAGGGUUGUUGGAAACCGAUGACAGCGCCCAGGAGGAUAAACCUGCCCCCAGGAAAAAGGAGGAAAGAUCCGGGCCUGGAAAGAAAGGAGAGACACGACCCCUGGAGACUCCUUACCAGAAGGAGAGCAGCGAAUUUGCUCCCAAAAUCAAGGUUAACCUGAAUUAUCGGCCAGGACUCGUCAGCAACCAGAAGGACCCAAAUCGCUUUGACAGGGACCGUCUGUUCAGCGCUGUCACCAGGGGCACCCCCGAGGCACUGGAUGGUUUGCUGGGGUACUUAAGGAGGACCUCCAAAUUUCUCACUGAUUCCGAAUACACAGAUGCAAAGACUGGGAAAACCUGCUUAAUGAAAGCCCUGUUGAACUUAAAAAAUGGAAUGAAUGACACAAUCCCAGUCUUGCUGGAAAUAGACCAAAAGACACAGAACCCCAGGCCGCUCGUCAAUGUGUCGUGCUCCGACUGCUACUACAGAGGCCAGACAGCCCUGCACAUUGCCAUAGAGAAAAGGAGCCUCCCUUUGGUGAAGCUGCUGGUAGAGAACGGAGCUGAUGUCCAUGCCAGAGCCUACGGGGAAUUCUUCAGGAAGAAGAAAGAAGGAGUUUACUUUUAUUUUGGUGAACUUCCCCUCUCCUUGGCUGCUUGUACCAACCAGCUUGACGUGGUGGACUAUCUUCUAAACAAUCCCCACCAGAAAGCCAGGCUUCAGGAGCAGGACACGCAGGGCAACACAGUCCUGCAUGCCCUGGUGAUGAUUGCAGAUGACACUGAGGAGAACACCAAGUUUGUGAGCACAACAUACGUUGAGAUCCUGAAGGCAGGUGUGAAGCUCGACCCAACGUGUAAACUGGAGGAGAUAGUGAAUUAUGAUGGAUUGAACCCUCUGCAGCUCGCAGCCAAGACAGGCAAAGUGGAGAUCUUCAGGCACAUCAUCCAGAGGGAGAUCAAGGACCCCGUGUACCGGCACCUGUCCCGCAAGUUCACCGAGUGGACCUACGGCCCCAUCCACGUGUCCCUCUAUGACCUGUCCUCCUUGGACAGCUUCGAGGAGAACUCUGUGCUGGAGAUCCUGGCCUACAGCAGCGACACCCCGAACCGGUACAAGAUGGUGGUUUUGGAGCCACUGAACAAACUGCUCCAGCAAAAGUGGGAAACUUUUGCUUCCAAGAGGUUCUACUUCAGUUUUGCCUCGUACUUGUCGUUCAUGAUCAUCUUUACAGCCAUCGCCUACUAUCAGCCCUUGCGGGUAAAGCCUUCAUUUCCAGUGGAAUUCACGGCUGGAGGCUUCCUGUGGGUGUCUGGACUGAUCAUUAUCUUGUUAGGAGGCAUUUAUCUGAUCUUUGCUCAGAGUCUGUACCUGAGGAGGAGACGCCAGUCCCUGAAGACCAUGUGUUCUGACAGCUGCAUCGAGAUCCUGAUCUUCAUCCAGGCGUUCUCUUUGCUGCUGUCAGCAGUCCUGUAUGGUGCCAGCUCGGAAAACUACGUGGCAGUGAUGGUGUUCUCCCUGCUCCUGGGGUGGGUGAACACCCUGUAUUACACCCGGGGCUUCCAGCGCACUGGGAUCUACAGUGUCAUGAUACAGAAGACCAUCAUGAGGGACCUGCUGCGUUUCCUCUUGGUGUACAUGAUCUUCCUCUUCGGCUUCGCUGCAGGUGAGCCCUGGCUCGGCGUCGCGUUGCAGGCUGGGCUGCAAGAAGUGGGUUUUUCUGAGGAGAACCUCAAUUGUGUUUUCCUCCCAGCUCUGGUUACUCUGAUGGGCGACGCUCCCUCGGUGUCCCACAACAAGUCCCUGGCUCACCUGGAGAGCAGUGGGAGCCACGCCAUGUACGGGGGGCUGCUCAGCGUCUCCCUGGAGCUCUUCAAGAUCACCAUCGGGAUGGGCGACCUGGAUUUCCAGGAACACGCCAGGUUCAGAUAUUUUGUCAUGCUCCUGCUGCUGCUCUUUGUGAUCCUCACUUACAUCCUGCUGCUCAACAUGCUGAUCGCCCUCAUGAGCGAGACGGUCACGGACAUUUCUGGGUACAGCAAGAGCGUCUGGAAGCUGCAGAGGGCUAUUGCUAUUCUAGAAAUAGAGAAGGCCUGGCUGUGGCGCCAGGGUGGGAAGAGGAGAUCUGGCUGCUUCAUGUCAGUGGGGCUCAAUAAGAAAGAUGAGAGGUGGUGUUUCAGAGUAGAGGAAAUUAAAUGGGCAGAUUGGGCAAAGGAUGUGGGAGUUCUGAAGGAAGACCCUGGAAACACCAGUGAUUCAGAAAUAAAUCCAGAAGAGACAAGAUCAUGGAAACGGCCAGCACAGAAACCUCCAAGAUCAGAGGAGCAGUCCCCCCUGCAGCCCCAGCCAUCAGCAACAGAGAUGAUGCCUCUGCAGGGACAAACCAGAGAUCUUUAACAGGUUUUCUGAGUUGCAACCUUGCUCCCAUCUCCAAAGGAGUAGUUCUCCCUGUAGCAGUUGGAAGAACUGAAGGCAUUAUCAGCAUUAAAGUGCAUUUUGUCAAGGACUGUGGUUCAGCCUGUGGCUUUAAGUACUUUUAUGCA